GCGCCUCUUUAAAGGUCUUCCUUGUCUUUUAAUUGUCUUUUAACUUCUCGCUCAUUCACUUGAGAUGUUUAUUUAAUUUUCUCUUUUUUUAAUUAUCAUUGAUUUUAUUUUAUUUUCUAUUUUAAUUGUGUUACACUUUUAACUGUUUGAUUUGAGAACAUCUUUUUAAUAUUCUUUUGGUUGUGGUUUGCUUUAUUUUUCAACUUCUAAUCUCUUUGUGACCUCUUCACUUUUUUUUUUCAUUUGUUCUUCUUGUGGUUUUUGUUUUUUUUUCCUUUACUUUCCUUCACUCAGAUAAGAAUCUUUGGUCUUUGAGAUUUAUCAGAGUGUUUGUGCUGUUCUCUGUUUAUUCUUCUUCUUCUUCUUCUGUGAUCUGCCUUUUGUGCUCUUGUUGGAUAAAUAAAAAUGGUAGUCACCAGAUCGGCUCAGAAACGGCAACGUGUUGAAUGUGCAUCACCGGUGAAAAAUCGUAAAAAUGUUAUUGAGAGAAAUGUUAAAACAAGGACAAAUACCAUGAUGACAAGAACCACUUCCAUUAAAACUCCUAGAAAAUGUCACCGUAAUUUAAUGGACAGUUUUAAUGAUGCUGCUGUUACCGAGGAAAAUAAUGACAAUCAGUUUACUGAGAGUAAAUUUGAAGAAAUCGACCAUGGACUCACCAUGACACCUCCGCCUACACCUGACCCUCAAUCUGAAUCCGAGGAGAUGUUAUCUUAUGCCACCAGUUCCCCUGAAUGUUCACCGGUCAAAUGUAACCCGAUUGUUGAGGCUAAACGACUUUUAUCUAUUGGUGCUGUUGACGGUAUUAUUGGUCGAGAUACUGAGAUCUCAGAUUUAUCCAAUUUUCUAGAAAAAUGUCUCGACACUAAAGAAUCAUCAACAAUUUUCAUCUCUGGUCCUCCUGGAACUGGUAAAACUCUGACCGUCCAGUCAAUCAUCACAAAAUUAAAGCAAAGCUAUAAGAUCACUAAGCUUUUUUACAAUUCAAUGGAUUUCAGAAGAGGUACAACAAUUUAUUCAAAGAUCGCUGAUGAUCUUGGAUUAAAAGACAAGACCAGAUUUCGAGAUAAAUUGAUCGAAUCAAUUGAGAAAUUUAUCACCAAAGCGAGACAAAUGGUCAUUUUAACAAUCGACGAAAUUGAUAAAUUAGACAAGGAUCUGGUCGACGCGCUAUUAGAUUGGCCUAAAGUGAAAAAAUCGAAAUUAAUUUUAAUUGGUAUCGCUAAUACGAUAACCUCAUCAAGUCUUAACAAAAUGACCUGUAUCUUUGAACAAAACAGUGUCAAGAAAAUUUCAUUCCGCCCUUAUUCAAGAGACCAGAUUAUCGACAUUAUCCAAUCUCGAUUACAAUAUCUAAAUCCAUCUUUUGAACUAAUCUCAAGUAAUGCCCUUCAACUCUGUGCACGAAAGGUUUCAUCAUACACCGGUGAUGCUCGUAAAGCACUGGACAUUGUCCGUCAAGCAAUAGAAAUGGCAGAGAGGGAGAAAUGUUUAUCUAAUCCCUUAACUGGAUUAAAACUGACCGCUGAUGAUGGUGAUAAUCAGGGUUCACCAAGGAAAAUGGCUCGAAUGUCACCUCGUAGAUCACCCCGGAAACGACUUAACUUUGAUCUUAAUCCUGGUAAACCAUUAGUUGAACCUCGACACAUAAGUGCCAUUUUAAAUUCCGUUUUCGGAAACAAAUUAUUCUCCGAGGAAAAUUUUACCGAACUCACAAUUCACCAACAGAUUAUCUUAUGCUGUAUUCUUUACUAUGGUAAAGAAAGGCAAAACAAAGAGAUGAACAUUCCCACCCUGUAUAAAUUAUUCAUCAAAUGCUGUUCUAAAACUGGAAUUUCAUCUAAUCAAAUAUCAAAUUCUGAUUUUCUGUGUAUCUGUCAAAUCUUGGAAUCAACUGGAUUAGUGAGGAUUAAACAAGCAAAGGAAAUGUUCCAAACCAAAAUAACAUUAUCGGUGAACGAAGAUGAAGUUUCCCAACGAAUUUCCGAAAAGUCUCUCAUUCAACAUCUAAUGAAAUAUAUAAAUACUCUUAUAUGAUUAUCAUCAAUUCCCCAUCGAAUAUUAUUUAAAUCCAACAAUCUAUUUUAUCCUCUUUUUUUUCAAAAAAAAAACUUCACUAAUCCUUUUAAUCAAUGAAAACCAAACAGAUUUGUACAUAUACAUUGUAUAUUUAUCAGCUUUUCUGUAUGAAGGGAUAAACUUUUAUCUCUGGUAAUAAUUAUAUUUAUCUUAAUGAGACGAAAAGAAAUUUAAAAUAAAUGAUAAUGAUAAUCUUUUAAACAAUCACAA